CUUUCAUAAGGUACCCUAAAAAAAAAAAAAGUCUAAGAUUUGAGUUUAUUGGGUUACAGUGUGGCAACAUGGCGACUGUCAUUCACAAUCCACUAAAAGCUCUCGGCGAUCAGUUCUACAAGGAGGCCAUCGAGCACUGUCGCAGCUACAACGCCCGCCUGUGUGCCGAGCGCAGCGUCCGAAUGCCGUUCCUGGACUCGCAGACGGGCGUGGCUCAGAACAACUGCUACAUCUGGAUGGAGAAGCGACACAGGGGGCCAGGACUGGCUGCGGGUCAGAUGUACACCUACCCCGCCCGCUGUUGGAGAAAGAAGAGGCGACUGCAUCCGCCAAUCGACCCUCAGCUCAGACUGUGUGAACUCAGGCUUGAAGCCGAGUUGAUGGCGAAGAGAGAAACUCCCCCGGCGGAGGCCACGGCACUGGAGACACUGAUCAGAGGAGACGCCCUUCUGGACAAAAGGAGCAGCAGCUCCAAGGAGGAAGAGACUCUGCUGGAGAUUCAGAGGGUGCUCGAGGCAGAGGAAAACGGAGACGGUUUCCAUGAUGAGGACGAGUUUGAAGUCGAGACGCCGAAGAGGAAGCAGAGAAAUAAAGGCAGGGGUCGAGGUUCGAGCCGUAAGAAGACGGAGUCGGUGACGGGUGAUGAUCAGGACAAACCCUACGUGUGUGACAACAGAUACAAACAAAAGCAUAACUCAAAAUCGGCUGACUCAGUUUGUGGUAAGCGUUAUAAGAACCGGCCCGGACUGAGCUACCACUACACGCACACACACCUGGCUGAGGAGGAAGGCGAGGAGGAGAGAGAACCCGAGAUCCCUCAAUCACCACCGGAAAACAAGACUCAAAACCACAAGCUGCAGAAGGGAUCUGACGGCGCGGUCAUCGCUAACGACUACUGCGACUUCUGUCUCGGGGACUCGGGCUCUAACAGGAAGACGGGCCAAGCCGAGGAUCUGGUGUCGUGUUCGGACUGCGGACGCUCCGGCCACCCGACUUGCCUUCAGUUCACAGAGAACAUGAUGCAGGCGGUGAGGACGUACCAGUGGCAGUGCAUCGAGUGCAAAUCGUGCAGCCUGUGUGGCACCUCAGAGAACGACGAUCAGCUCCUGUUCUGUGACGACUGCGAUCGGGGAUAUCACAUGUACUGCCUCAAACCUCCCAUGACUCAGCCGCCUGAAGGAAGCUGGAGCUGCCAUCUUUGCUUGGACUCACUAAAGGACAAGGCGUCUGCUUUUGGAGAAGCAAAAACACUGUAAAAGAAACGCCCCGUGUUCUUCUUCCGUAAGAGCGGACCGCAGCGCCGACCUGCACGACGUCCGUCCGUCUCGUCUCGUCUCGUCUCGUCCACGCCGCACGAAGUCACGCACGCUCCACGCGGAAAUCUACCUCGCAGCACCAGAUAUCUUUUUCGGAAGAUCAGAACGAAACACGCCAGGUUAGACAAGGACUUUGUUCCAGAAUCGUCUUAGAUCGGAUGGUCAAUGAUGUCAAACUAACGACAUGCAGAUUUUUUAUUUUUUUUCCCCCCAAAUACAAGUCAUACAAGUCUGUAUUUGAACGCACUCGAUUUUAAUACGUAUGAUAAAUGAUCGGUGUGAACCUUUCCGACCAAAAGCCGGCCUGUUUCUGGUGUUUGUCGAUCGCUUUCGUAUUUUUAAAGUCGUUUUUAGACUUGUUCCCAGAACUGUAAUAAUCCUACCAUUUUAAAAGGUGCUUCAGACAAACCGUGGUUCACAAUAGCGUGGAUUCGGCUCAAGUCUUCGUUUCGCGCUUCUGUGUAUAUUUAAACCCGAGGGGAAGCGGAGCGGCUCAGCCCCGCCCUUUUUUCUCUUUUCGUUUUCAUUUCAAAAGCAACCAGCGAUUUAUCGCAAAUCGGUUUUAAAGGCGGCGGAAAUAUUUAGAGACGCGCCGAUACUAAAUUUCUCAGCCGAUAACACCUAAGCGAUUAUUCAGAGCGGUAGCGGCCGAUACCGAUACCGAUACCGAUCGUUCUGCCUUUUAUACCUUCUUAUAAAUGAAUAAAAAUUCAUUUAAAAGAAUUCUGAAAGAAAUGGAGAUAAAAACUUGACUCUCUCCGUUUCAACGAGUUGUUUGACAGUAACUGGUCUCAUCAACAUUAACACAUUACUCUAAAUAACAUGAACACAUGAAGUCAAUUCUGAAGAUUAAAGUAAGAUUAUGAACUUAUUGAAUGUUAUUCAUUCAUAUUAACAUCGACUGAAUUGUAAAAACCCUCCUGUUAGUCUCGCACUCAGUCUCCACACACACCAGCGUUUCUACUUCAUCACUGACAUCACACUGCUCAUAUAUAAUAUACACUUUUUAUAUAUUAACAUUAACUGGAUAUGAAAUGUACUACUCUACAUAUAUGUUUCUGUGCAAUAUAUAUAUAUAUAUAUACUUUUCAUUCCACUCAACUUCAUUUAAAUCUUUCAGCAGUGUACCGGUGCUUUAAUUCAGCUCGAGCAGCGCGGCAAAAAAAUAAAUUAGACUCGCCGCCGAAACUCCCGCUUCACUGCUGCUCACUUCCGGCGUAAAAUAUCAUGCGUGCAGAGAUUACAGAGAUCACACACUGCAGUGUGGUCCAAAAUCCAUGUGUCUUCCCGCCCUCUUCUGAUUGACAGGAUAUAAUCGGCCCUGAUCAUCGGACGUUUUUAAACUUUCGGCCCAUAACGUGAAUAACUGUCCUCGUCAGCCGGUGGCGAUUAUUGGCCGAUACAUCGGUGCGUCUCUAGAAAUAUUACAAACUGCCGCUUUAAUUUCUGUAAAACAAUCGCAAAUUCUUAACAGCUGAGAUUUGGAUUUUGGACCUGAGGCAAAAAGAAAAGCGCCUGGAAAAAAAAAAACGUGUGUUUUUAAUGUGUGUGUGUGUAUGUGUAUAUAGUUUAUAUAUAUAUAUAUAUAAAUAUAUUCCACUAGAUUAGUGAUAUCCCUGUUCCUUUUUUUGUACUUCUUCCCUCAUCAUAUAUUAGCGUCUCUAUUCCUGUCCGGAUGUUCUCGCUUGUCGUCUCUUCUUCUUCCUCCUCGUCCGUUCUCUGUAAUGCAUUAGAGGCUCUAUUUUCAGAGCCGAUUCAUCAAGACCGAUCCUCACAUCUGCUGAAUAUUUUAUCUCUCCCUGGAAAGGACUGUCUAACAGACGAAGCAGUUUAAAGACUUUUUUUUUUUUUAAAUGGGCGACUACAAAUUUUGAGGUUAUAUCAACAAGCAGAGUGAUUUCCUAAUCGUUUCCUGUUUCUGUUUUUUAUUUGUUUUUUUUUGUUGUUGUUGUUUUCUAACGAUUUUUGUCCCCGUCGCUUUUCAUCGUUUGCAGCUUAAUAAAUGAAACUGAAAAUGAUGGAUGUUUUCGCGGACGAUUCUGCGAUGAAUGGAGUCGAACUUUGUACUGUUGGACACUAGAGGGCAGCACACACAAAGACAAACAGUUCACUGAGCCUAGUGAGAGCGUUCCCAUCAGACACAGGCCCGAGGGCCCGGAGUCGGAGGGCCCCAAAGCCGGAGCCUCCACGUAAAGUCACUCUGCUAAACCGUCCAGAGUCAAAGGUCUACACAAAGGGCUACACAUUAUAUCGCAAGAACAAAACCAUCAUUACACCUUCAGCGUGAGUGUUGAUCAGUUAAGUGUAGCCUGCAAAUGUUUUUGUUAAAUUUACCGAAUGGAUUUUAAAAAUUCGACAGCGGUCGGUCUGUCAUUCUGCACACUGCUGUGAUGUCCGUACGAGUUCGUACGUACUUUCUGAGCGCUCCGAAUCGAAAAGCGGCUCGGUUAGGCCGUGUGAUCGAUCACGUUUCGUCGGGAUUUACGCGCUACGCAGGUGUUGAACAGAAUGUUUCUGGGUGGAACGUUUACUGAGAUUAACUAGAAAAUACACUUUUUUUUUUUUAGUACAAAUUUAGGCUGCGUAUCAUAGAUCAACUUGACUCUAUAUAUUCCUACGUAGACACGGACUCUAAGCGUUACUAAGUCGACAUACUUUUAUUGGACAUUUGAACUGAUUUGUAAAGAAAUAUCAGAGAAAUUACACUAAUUUGGAGAAAUUAUGGAGAAAUCACCCUAAUUUGGUCUAAAUGUAGUCCUUUACGUCCUCUCUCACCUCCUCAUCUGUACACUCUGCUCAAACACAUCAGCUUCCAAAGCUUCAACACUCACGCCAGUACCGCCGCCAUCGCCGUCGCGCUCGUCAUCUCGUAGAUCGCUAACCGGCCGAUCAACUAGCUGUCGUAUACGGCUGCAUGGCGUCCUGGGACUCCGAGUCCGGCAUUUCUACACGUCUCAUUAAUACGACGGCGGGA